AUGGAUGAAUCAAGGGAAGAGAGAGACAUGUUACGAAAAGGAGGAGAACAUAUAACGCUUAAGUCUCUGCUGAGUGACGAUGAGGACAAAGACUCCAGGGAAGAUGUUAAAAAGCGUAGCCCUUCGCUAGAAGAUAGUAGCGACAGGAGCGGCGAAGAUGCCGUAGACAGGGGAAAAAGUGAUAAAAGCAGGGGAAAAAGCGACGAAGAUAAACCGCUCGUCCCAUCGGAGAAGAAGAAAGAUCUACCAUUUGGGGACGUCGAUGAAAAGGAUACUGGAAAAGGCCUCAAACGAACACUCACGUUGACCAACUGCGUUACGAUGAUCGUUGGUUGCAUUAUCGGAUCGGGAAUAUUUGUCAGUCCAACAGGAAUCCAAGAAGCUGCUGGUUCUGUCGGUGCUUCGCUGGCUAUGUGGAUCUUAUGUGGGAUGUGGUGUGGAAUGGGUGCUUAUAUUUACGCUGAACUUGGAACUAUGAUUACAAAGUCUGGUGGAGAUUAUGCAUAUAUGAUGGCAGCAUUCGGUCCAUUCUUAGCUUUUUUGAGGCUUUGGAUCGAGAGUAUAGUAGUGAGGCCCUGUGCUAUUACCAUAAUCUCUCUUACAUUCGCUCUUUACCUUCUUCGUCCUAUUUAUCCCACAUGCGAUCCACCAAAAUGGAGUACAGAGAUUAUUGCAGGCUUACUAAUAACUAUUUUGGGUGUUAUCAAUUGCUGGUCUGUAAAGCUUGCAACAUUGGUACAGGACUGGUUCACAUACGCCAAAGUAGUUGCUCUUCUGAUGGUUAUAAUCACUGGAGCUUAUCUCCUAGUCUUUGGUGGACCACAGUACAGAGAUUCAUUUGAAGAUAUUUUUGAAGGAAAUUUCCGGAAUUUCUAUCAAGCAUCGGUUGGAUUCUACUCCGGACUAUUUGCCUAUCAGGGAUGGACCUACUUAAACUUCAUUACCGAAGAACUUAUUAAUCCUAAGAAAAAUCUACCUCUUGCGGUUAUGUAUUCAUGUAUUAUUGUUACUAUAAUUUAUGCACUGUUUAACGUCGCCUUAUAUGUAGUCGUCUCACCUGAUGAAAUGGUUGCCAGCCCUGCUGUUGCCGUAUUGUUUGCUGAAAAAGUGUACGGUAAAUUUGCCUUCGUGAUGCCGUUAUGUGUGGCAAUCUCGACUGUUGGUUCAGCAAACGGUGGAAUUAUGACAAGCUCAAGAUUGUUUUAUUGUGGUGCACGCGAAGGUCAGAUGCCGGUGUUGCUGACCAUGAUAAAUAGGAGAUUGCGUACACCCAUACCUGCAGUGACUUUUACGUGUGUUGUAUCUAUCGGUUAUCUUUUCUUGUCCAGCAAUCUUUACGUACUAAUUAAUGCUAGCCAAAUAACAGCUUGGUUAGCAAUCACUGUGGUGGCGAUAGCGUUGCUGAGAUUGCGGUGCAAAUAUCCGGAUGCACCGAGACCGGUUAAGGUGAAUUUAAUUAUCCCGAUUGUAUUUGUGAUUGGUUCAUCUUGUAUCGUUAUUCUCCCUAUAUUCGGUUCGCCAGCCGACACAGCAACUGGGCUUGGUAUUCUUUUCUCAGCUGUCCCUAUUUAUGUCAUAUUUAUUAGGCUUGGUAAGUUGCCAGAUGUCAUCAGAAGGGCAAUGUUUGAAUUCACUGUGUUCUGGCAAAAGCUUUUCAUGGUGGUAGAUGAUAACGAGUACAACAAAUGA